UACAGUGAAAACAGGGUUCUCGUUGGCUGGCUGGCAGCUCGGUGGUGUCAACAGUGGUGGGGGGAAGAUAACAAACAGACUCGGGGGAGCAGUGGACACGUCCAGUCGGUUGCCACCGCACCGAAAACCGGCCGAGGAGACCGAAGAUGUCCCUCAGCUAGUCGGCGGCCGCUCUCGCUCCGUUGUCGGGCAGGAUUUCAACAACAGACCGAGACGGCUAGCCGGGGUGCUAACGUUAGCACGCUAGCUCGCUAGGGAGACUAGGCUAGGCUAAGCUUAGCUAAGCUAACGUCACCGGACCGGGUGCUUCCUUCGACCCCCCCCCCGCCCGAGGGGAAAGACCGCGGCUAUGUUCGUCCAGGAGGAGAAGAUCUUCGCCGGCAAAGUGUUGAAGAUACACAUCUGCACCGUGGACGGCACCGAGUGGCUGGAGGAGGUGACGGAGGACACCACGGUGGAGAAGCUGAAGGAGAAGUGCUUGAAACAUUACGUACAUGGAAGUCUAGAAGACCCCAAAACGCUCACCCAUCACAAACUCAUAUACGCUGCUACAGAAAGAGUUCUCACCGACACUAAAACAGUCGCUGAUGAAAACCUCAAAGACAAAGACGUUUUGCUGCUCAUAAAGAAAAGACCACCGCAGACCCCUCCGAAGACGGCAGAUGUUAGUUCAGAUGAAAAGAAGAAGCAAGACAACAAAGCUCCAGACAAAGAUGCUAUCCUGAAAGCCACCGCCAGCCUGUCCACGCGCCACACUGACCGCACUGUCACGCAGCACAAUAUCAGAGAUUUUCAGACUGAGCUCCGAAAAAUCCUGGUUUCUCUCAUUGAAGUCGCCCAGAAGCUUCUCGCCUUGAACCCCGACGCUGUUGAGCUCUUCAAAAAGGCCAAUGCGAUGCUGGAUGAAGAUGAAGAGGACCGAGUGGAUGAGACGGCGCUUCAGCAGCUCACUGAGAUGGGUUUCCCCGAGAGCAGGGCGAUCAAAGCUCUCAGGCUGAAUCACAUGUCCGUGACCCAGGCCAUGGAGUGGCUGAUUGAACAUGUAGACGACCCCUCCGUAGACACACCACUACCAGGCCAGGACUCUUCUGGAGGAGCAGCAGGAGCCACAGCGGCCGCCACACCUGGCCCUUCCGCCUCCGCGUCUGCCUCUGCCUCCGUGUCUGCCUCUGCGUCUGCCUCGGCUUCUGUCUUGGCCUCGGCUUCUGUCUUGGCCUCAGCCACCGGUCCGAACCUCCUCCGCAGCCUCUCCAGCCAGUCGAGCACAGACGAGAGCAGCAGGCAGGACGAGCUCACAGAGAUCUUCAAGAGGAUCCGCAGGAAACGGGAGUUCAGACCGGACUCAAGAGCUGUCAUCGCCUUGAUGGAGAUGGGCUUUGAUGAGAAGGAGGUGGUUGAUGCGCUCAGAGUCAAUAACAACCAACAGGAUGCUGCGUGCGAGUGGCUCCUGGGAGACAGGAAACCUUCUCCGGAAGAUCUCGACAAAGGCAUCGACACCAACAGCCCGCUGUUCCAAGCCAUCCUGGAGAAUCCAGUGGUCCAGCUGGGUCUAACCAAUCCCAAGACUCUGUUAGCGUUCGAAGACAUGCUGGAGAAUCCUCUGAACAGCACCCAGUGGAUGAAUGACCCUGAGACUGGCCCUGUCAUGCUCCAAAUAUCCAGAAUCUUCCAGACCCUCAAUCGCACAUAGAGCCUUCUGGUGACCCCUGUGUGUGACUGUGGCAGCUUGUGUGUGUGUGUGUGUGCGUGUGUGUGUGUGUGCGUGCGUGCGUGUGUGCGUGCAUGCAUCUCGGUAGAGACACAAGAAUUGUUUUUGCCUUGACAAAGACAAAAGCUGGAGGAGUCAAAGUAUGAAUUAAGAUGUUAUAUAUAUACAUAUAUAUAUAUAUAUAACUAUUUAUAACAAUUCAGUGAAACACUUAUACGAAACAAAUGUUAACAUAAACAUUAUUAUUACUGAAAUAAAUAAAAAAAGAAGAUAUUUACUAUGUUGUUUUUACAUUUUAAUGAGAAAAAUUUAUAGUCGAGACAGACAUGAUUUAUUUGAUAUCAUUUCUCCAUGUGCAAAAAUGACAUCAGAAAUCAAUUUAAUGUUUACAGUUCGAAUACAACUGUUCUUUUUGUGUGUGUGCGUGUUUUGCAAUAUUUAAAUUAUCAAUUACAGUUCUGUCCAUCUGUUUAAAUUGUUCCAUUUUAUCAGUGGUGAAUGUGCGGGAGACCUCUGUCCCCCGUCAUGUUUUUGUUUUUCCUCUCCCUUUUUUUGUUGUCUCGUUCUCAUCAAAAAUACCUUCUCAUGAUUGAAAGAGAGGCCGGUGGAUGUUUGUUGAGCUCAUUGAAAAUGGGAUCUCAGACGCAUCAUCGCCUCCCUCCACUCACGCCUAUGACAUCUCUCUGUGCGUCAACCUGCUUAAAAAAAGAGGAGAGAACAAUUUUUGUCCUUCAGUUUCUUCGAGAGUAUUUAUUUAACUUUCUUGCCUUUUUUUUUCGAGGAGAGCUGUACACUAAACUGUAUAUGUGUCCGAGUCAUGUUUUUACAAGAAAAAACGAUAUAUUAGACUUGUUUGUUUUUAUUGUCAAAUGUGCUCUUGAAUGUCAUAUUAUCAUCAUCGCGUUUCAUUUGGCACCUGGUGACGUGUGUGAAUAGCGCUCACUUGCAGCGGCCGAGAGGUAAAAGAAGUGUUCGUCUCUCAAAAGGCUGUAACAGGAUGUUAAACGGAGCUGAAUCUAAACCCUAAAAGGGAUUUGCCUUUUUUAAAAAUCUUUAAUCUGAAUUUUGAAGAUGCACGCUCACUCCGGAGAUGCAAGCUUUUUUUUUUUUUUAUUACACCCAACAAAUGUUUGUGUUCUGGUUUACUUUUUUAAAUUUUUUUUCAUUUGAGAGCAAUGAACAUUUAAUGCUGUCAAACCAAACCGUCACUAUAUAACCUGCCUCCAUCAAAAAAGAAGAGAAAAAAACAACAACAACAAACCUGUGUUUCUGUGCAAUAGCAAGGACUUCUGUUGAAAAAUAAACAAAAAUGAUUUGAGUGUUAGAGAUGUGUUAUACAAGAUUAGCCUUUUGCAUUGAGCACUUGAAAUCUCCGGCGACAACAAGGUGAACUUUUUCCCUCCUCGCUGUACACGGGGAGUUAAAAACCAUAUGGAGGAUUGUGUGGUUUUGCCAAGGUUUUGAGUGUUUUUAAUUCAAUAUUUUAAAAAAUGUGGUAUUGAUGUGACUUUCUGCUCAGGGAGGCUGAGAUUGUUUUUUCUUAAACCGGUCGUUUACGGCGAACCCCUGCUCACCACCAACCCCCCUUUUUUUAGUUUGGCUUCUGAAAAAAUGGCUUUAACUAAACCGUGUAAAGAACGUUUACUUGUGUACAAGAGCACCACAGGUCAUGGUUUUGUAAAUGCAAUAUUUGAAAAAUAUUUAAGUGUUUUUUUUAGAGAGAAGUGUUUGUUCGAACUGUGUAUUAUUACAUUAUUUAUAUCAGAGCCAAACUAGUUACUUCUCUGUUUUUGUUUUUCUCCCUUGUUUUUAUUUAUAACAUUUUUAGCAAACCUCAAAGCUAAUCUGCAAAUGUGAACAAGUUAAAUGAUUCAAAUGUUGUUUUUACAAACCAUUAUAAAAUGUGCUUAUGGGAAAGGUCACAGAUUGGAGGGGGAUUUCCACACAAGCCUCUGGAAAGCUUGUCCGGACACCUUUCUGCACUGUAGCGGUCCGUUAUCAAGUAAUCAACUGUCUCACCAUGUCCGUGCUUGGGAUCGGUAUGCAUACAAAUAAUCUCCCUCCCAUAAUAUCUUGAAACAAACAUUGGGAGGACGCGCGUGCGAAGAGAGAGAGAGAGAGAAAGACACGUCCACGGGGAAAUGCUGGCGUCUUUUGAAAACGGUCACCAGGAACAGAGAAGAACAAAAUUAACUUUAAUGCCGAAGGGACGGUGACGAGUUUGUCGGGAGUCACAGGUUAUUGUUUUCACUCAGCUUUCAUGCCGGACUGUCCCAGAUCAACAACCUAUGCAAUAUACUCUCUCACAGUCUGUUCAUCCAAACGGCCACCGUGGCUACUGGCGUCUGAAACACUAUUGCAUUAAAGUUAUUUUUCGUGGCCGUA